AAAUUAAUCCAAAAUAUAAAUGCCAAUAAAUACCCAAAGAUCACUCUCUAGCUUCAUCUGCUCUGCUGCCAUCACAUAACACAUAGCACCAAGAAAGAGUUACUAGGCUCAUCAUUAUCAUCUUCCACUUAAACGGCAACGUUCUCUGUUAUGGGUUGCUGCCUCAGCUCAGCCACCGCCGACCAGAAAGAUGAGACCGUCUCCGGCAAGAACACAGCACCACCUCCAUCCGUUGUCGAUGAAGAGACGGUAGUCAAAGAAGUCUUGUCCGAAACCACAUUGUUCAGUUUCUCUGACGACAAUUCGACGGUGGAGAAGAAGACGUCGACAAAGAUUCAAGAAGACGAGGAGAAGAAACCCGGAAUCGUCGACGACGCAGCUCAAGAACCGGUUAUUAUGACCGAGCACGGUUCGGUUGAACCGGAGAAAGGAUCAGAGGUGUGUAGUAGUAGUUUGAGCGAGAGUUUGCUUUCGAUCGUGAAUAAGUACGAGGAGGAAGAAGUGAAGCAGAUGAAACCUCAGGGAGUAGUUAGACAGAGAUCUCCGGCGAAAUCUCGGAACCGGGUCAGGGUUAGUUAUCCGACCCGGAGAACUGAUAUGUCUCCCCUUAGGAGAAACACCGAAGAAGAAGAAGAAGCUGGCCCGGUGAGGCUGGUUCCUUCUGGUGGUACGGGUAAGAGAGAUCCGACUGAAAGAUCCGAGAGAAGGUCCAGGUCGCCGGCGAUGAGCAGGUCCGUCGCGAUGGGUCCAACACGGAGUCAACAAAGUACGGACAGUGGGGGAGCAACGAGGAAAACAAGCCAGUCUCCGGGUCGGGUAAGACCCGGUUUGAAUAAGAACGGGUCGGAGGAAGAGAGUAGUCAUCAUCAUCAUCACAAGUGGCCCGGUUCAGUUGGGAGUUACAGUUCUGCCCCAGACGACACGUUCGAGAACCCUCUUGUUUCGUUAGAGUGUUUCAUCUUUCUAUAGUAUUUUCCCGGGAGAAUCUAUAAUAUUUUUUACUUGAAUCGGAAUUUACAAUUUUCGAAAAUUAUCUUAUCUACUCAGUUUUUUUUCUCCACAUGCUUCGCCAGUGCAAGUAGGAUCUGUUUGGUUGUGUCUUGUAAAAUGUUUUUCUGUUUUUAUUUGAUUAUAAAAAAAGGAGAAAUUAAUAUAAA